AUGAAGGCAGUACCAACAGUCGUUAAUACUCACAACACGACGAUCAACGCCAAGUCAGGCAAGCCACCACCACUUCAUCCAGUCAACACCGAGUCACAACAACACUCCCCAACACCCACCCCCUCGAAGCCUGUUUGUCAGUGCUGUGCAAGAACAGCAGAGAAAUGUGACUCGAUUCCUUACAAACUGUUGGCUAACAAACCUGUUUAUAGUGAGAUGUCUAAUGCUUUACCUCCAGUCAAGACUCAGGGAACAGCAAAAGCUCAAGACAUGAAGCUAAGGAUCAUGGAAAAGAACUACGACCUUAAAUGCGACUCUUGCAGGUAAGACAAAUGUACGA